AUUCUUGAAUGGUUUAAGAGGACCGAUAGUAAAGCUGGUUGUUGUGAUGGAUCCGAAGAACAUUGAAGAAGCAAUCAAAUAUGCGAGGCGAGUUGAAGUUGGGAGUUAUUAUGAAAAGCAAGCAGAAGAAAAUAAAAUAAAUCCCCGACCUAUGUUAACUAAGGAUACCCCUGUAAUUGUCCGAAAUAAGACAAGUAAUG